GUCGGGAUCUGCAUGGCUCUGCUAUCUCGAGGUCGGGGGAGAUGAGGAAGAUGGGGAAGAUGGGGCUGGGAGGACAGGUCCAAUGCGGCUCCAGAGCGAGGAGCCUUCUGCGGUUGAGGGGCCCACAUUUACGGGGGUUCGGACACGUGUCCUCACCACGAUUCGCCGCGUCAGCUUCGCACAGGUUCAGAAUUCGGUGUGCUGAACCUUGUGCCGCCAUUCAAUGAGAGCACAACCCCGACUCUCUCCCUCUCUCUCUCUCUCUCUCUCUCUCUCUCUCUCUCUCUCUCUCUCUCUCUCUCUCUCUCUCUCUCACUCACACACACAUCCGCGCGGUUGAUUGGCGAUCACCAAAGCGAAGCCAGGCCGGCCUCCUCUCAGGAGCCAAGCGUGUGCAGACGACUGCUCGCCUGUUCAUGGUAGCUUCGAACAUCGGCCGAGAGAGAGAGAGAGAGAGAGAGAGAGAGAGAGAGAGAGAGAGAGAGAGAGAGAGAGAGAGAAUAGUGGAUAAUAACCGUCUGAUAUUAGUUAAGGAAAGGAUGGUGUGCUUGUGUGGAAGGUAUGAGGAGGAGGAGGUGCAAGAAGAAGAAGAAUACUGCUUCAUAUCCUCCCUCUGACUUCGUCUUUCUUUCUGUCCCGGUCUUCAUCUUUCUUUCCCUCUAACUUCUGCCGGUGAAGGUGGCUGCCUUCGAAUAUAGAGUAGUUGAGGAGACAGUUUCGGUCUGUUUUUUUUUUUUUUAAGCCUGCUGGUCACCUCCUUUUGUACUGGAAGCAAUAGGGCUUCGCUUCUGUUCCCGGGGCUUUUUCUGUUACUUUGUCUGGUUUUCCCUUUUCUGCUGCUGGGGGUGAUUAACAUCGAGGCCGAGGGUUUGGGUGCCCAAUGUAAUGCUCUUGCUGCGGACUGCCAGAUAAGGAGGGAGAGGUCAUCAGGGCUGAUACCCCGGUUCGUUGAGCUAAGGGCGGGCUAGCUUAACUGGACCUGUGAGGGACGGAUUCGGUUGGGCGUUCAAUCUAGGUCGGGAUCAAGGUCGGGAUCGGCAUCGGCGCUGUCCCAAGGAGUGUAGCGAUGGAGAAAGGAGAGAAAACGACCUUCAACGACAACGCCGAUGCCGAUCCCGAUCCCGACCUUGAUCGAAUGGCGGGUGUCGAUGAGGAUUGCAGCGACGAUGAACUGGCAAGAGCUUUAGAAGACGACCUGCUAACAGUAGAAGAUGAUGAAGAAGAGGGAGGAGAGGAGGAAGAAGAGGGAGGAGAGGAGGAAGAAGAGGGAGAAGAGGGAGGAGAGGAGGAAGAAGAGGGAGGGGAAGAGGAAGAGGAGGGAGAGGAGGGAGAGGAGGGAGAGGAGAGAGAGGAGGGAGAAGACGGAGGUGAGGAGGAAGAAAUAGGUAUGACGGUAAGGAAGGACGAGAAUGGGCAGGUGGCUUCUGUCGGGCGUUAUAUGGGUCUGAAGGAAGAGGGCGUGGGGAAGGGAGUAAAGAGAAAAGAGAGGGAGGAGGAGGAUGGGCAGGAGAGCAAAGAAAUGGAGAAGAAGAGGGAUCUGAAGGAGGAGAUGUCGGUGGAGGCAGGGAAGACCAAGUCGUUGCCAGUGCCCCUCCCCACUUCGUCUUGCCUCACCGUCGCUGGUUGUAAGAAGAGGAUGCGGACCUGUCACGCGAUUGACACAAGUGGAAGAAGGCCUAAGCGUCGGCAUUCCCAGGGAGAAGGGGAAGACGAAGAUCGAAGACGACGUGCAAUGGAUAUUGGUAAUCGUAAUGAUGAUUGGGUAUCUAUAAUGAUUACCGAAGAGGUGGCGGGUAAGGCGGGAGUUAGGAGGGGGAGGGUGGAGGUGGAGACUGAUGGAGAGGAUAAGAGGGAAGGGAACAAAACUGCUAAGCCACGUGUGCAGUCAGACGGAGAAGCGGCUUCGAGUGUAGUAAUUAUACAAGAGGAAGAUGGAGGCGACGGAGGGACGGGGAUCGAGAAGCUCCCACGCGAGCUGUUCUUGCACGUGUUAAAGUUUUUAUCGCCUGAGGAUUUGUCGGUUUGCUCUGCAGUUUGUCGUUUUCUGAACCUGGCAGCGUCAGAGGAAAGCCUGUGGAGGCGGUUGUUUUGUAUGCGGUGGGGUCCGCCGACGGCUACCGAACGAAAGCAGGCGCAGCGGUUUGCAUGGGGCGCGCGGAGUGCGGGGAGUGGCGGGGACCACUACGGUCGACGGGGGUGGGGAGCACUGCCAACUCAUCCGUCGUUGAUGACAGAUACCGAGCAGCAGCGCAGGCAGGCGCAGUGCCUCUCCGCGGCGCGAGUGGGUGCGUGGAAAUCUCUGUACUUCGAGCGCGAUCGAUCGGAUAUGCAAGAUUUCUUGCGAAAUUCGCCGUUGGAAUUUAGAGAGUAUUACGUCCAGAUGCAGGCGGCGAAACGAGGUCAAGCGCCGGCGUGGGAUCAGCUGAGAAACGGCGCACCCGACGAGGCCGAGCUGUUGGCUAUGGUGGAUUCCUCGGUCGCAGAUCACAUAACUGCGUGGAGGAAGAUGCAUUCUUUCGACGAAGAGAGUUUGUUAGGAGCAGCGGACCACGUGUGCUCUGGCAAAACGUGUUCUUAUCAUCAGAUAGGAGACGUGUUUCUGUGUGAGAAGACAGGCAAAGCCCACGUGUGUGAUGACACGUGUCGAGAGCAGAUACUAGAUCCUUCGUGUCAAUUACUGGUGUGUGCAGUCUCUGGGAGGUGCUUUGACAGAUGGCUAACGCCUGAGGAAGAAGAAGACGAGACGACAGAGCCCGGGCGGCGGCAGCUAGAUCAAGCUACCAAUCAAGAUGAGCAGGAGAUAUACACAGGGUCGGGGCGGCUAGCACGUGCCUACUUUUUAGGGUAUAACUGCAGAGAUGAGAAGGAGCUGGAUUUAGCUCUUGGAGAGGUGCUCCGCAGCACUUGAUCUCGUUAGGGAUUCGAUCCGUUGAUUUGCUGAUCAGUGCGGUGGCUGGCUGAUUAGUUUGCUAGGUUGAUCGGUUGGUUGAUUAAUUGGUUGGUUGAUUGAUUGGUUGGUUGACUGAUUGACUUUUUGACGGGCUGAAAACAGGGCGACAGGCGAAAUAUAUGCCUAUAUACGUCGACUCAACUGUCUUCGAGGUUGAGGGUUGACGACUGGUGGGUAAUUAAGGGCCUGAUACUCUGGUUGUGUUAUUGAUCGUCGACGCUUCGAGCGCUUUCCUAAUUAGGUCAAGUAUAUCAGGGGGAACUCGUCCUUUCUCGGCCCAGGCGGAUCAGAGCAGCACACAGAAA